CAAAGAUGGCGGCUAAAACAAAACCGUAAAGAGAAGCGGUCAAAACAGAGUUCAGUGUUGGAGGUGAAAGUUGGAUGUAAAAGAAACUUAAUGCGGCUCAGUUUUGAAAUAAAAACUCUCGACAUUCAAAUAAAUAGCGCUUCAUUCAGCCGAGCUGCGUGACGAAGCAGCGGGAACUUCUCAGUUAAAAAUUAUGGAUUUGCUACGAAGGCGAGGAUGUGAUCACAGAAAAGCAGAACUGAGAAAAAUUGUAGAUGAUGGAAAAACCCAUGAUACCAAUAAGUAAAGUUGAUUUUGUCGCAAGUUGAUGCGCUUCCUUCAAGAGCAACCAGAGACGGUUCUUCUGUAUGAACAUCUCACGAACUGGGUGACAUAAACUUUUCAGGGCUCAGAGACGUGAAGUACCGGCAUUUUCUGGAAGCUUCCCGACCCGUCAGGCAUGCGACCGACGUCCGACCCGAGCAGGACGGACAGCGGGUGAAGAGGUCCGCCGCCCACUCCACAGGCGUCAAAGUGUGUCCCCAGGAGACGAUGAAAACCGUCAUUGGCAGCCACCGCGCCUACUACAAACUGAGAGUUUGUCAGGAAGCAAUCUGGGAAGCGUUCCGGAUCUUCCUGGACCGAGUCCCGGCCCAGGAGGAGUACCGGACCUGGGUGUUCACCUGCCAGCAUCAGAACCUUUGCAUGGACGACCUGGCCCAGAACUUCAGCAGCUCUCAGGAGCAUCUGGACCUGGUGGCCAGAAGAGUAGAAGAGGCUGAAAGAGACGGGCUUGUUGCAGCUGAGGAAGAGCCGAGCAGUGGAUGCACCUGGACUCCUCCUCCCUCUCUGCUUCCAGCAGAAACAGACGAGGUUAAAGACCUGAUCAAGGAGAGCCAAGAGGAAUACAUUGUUGAGUUCAGCAUCACCGUGUCUGACCCGACAUACAGCCAAAUGCUUAGCAACCCCGCAGCGCCGCAUUACAACAGCGUCACCACGGCACUCAGAGACAAGAUGGUUCACGUGUUUGAAAAAGUUCCAGGAUUCAAAGAAAUUCGUGUUCUUGGAUUUCGCUCAGAGGAUCUCUCUGUGCGCUACGCUGUGGUCUUCAACGGAGAAACGGAGCUGGAUGAAGACUUUGACAGUUUGGAGAUGGAAGAGAGGAAAGGGACGAAGGAAGACGUGAAUGCCCCGAAACUGAAACGGAUCGUCGUCACGGCCUUGAAGACGGAGCCGACGCUGCUGCUGGACUUACAGACUCUCAGCUUUGAGGCUGUGACCGUGAUUUAUCCGGUUCUGGACUCCAGGUCCACACCAGAACCAGAAGAUGUCAGCCCUCCCACCCAAAGUUUAUUCUCCACUGUGGGAGUUUUGGAAAACAAGCUGAGGGAUUCAGCUCCCGUCAGACCAAAAACAAACACCUUAGUGCCUUUUGUCCCCACCAUCCUCCCAAAGAGCAGCUCUAGCUUUACUGACGGGACUCCUUCAAUGGCAGCUGCAGAAGAAAAGCCCACAGAGGAGGAAGAGGAGGGAAUAGAGGAAGAGGAGGCUCCACCGGGUGAUGGUGAAGAUGGAGAUCUGGAGCUGGUGGGAAGUUCGAGCUCCAGGCCUGAAGGAGAUCAAACUGCUGAGGAGAACUUGGAUCCAGCCACCGGUCCCGCUGACCCGGUUUCCACCAGAUCAUCUGCUGAGGACGCCGUCCAGGGCAGCGAACCUGGAUCAGACCUGGACCCAGAGGACGGAGGGGAAGGUCCAUCAGAUCUGACCCCGGUCACCCAAACCGCUGCUGGAGAUCAUUCACACACCGCAGACGGAGCCACAGAGCAACAGGAAGAGGAGAGCGGCAGCGGAUUUGCGUCAGAAUCUGAUGAAGGUCCGUACGGAUCUACAGCCGCGCCUGCCAUGAGACAAGGCCGCACACCCGUGAUGACCGCUGUGGAGAAGAGCAAAGAGUUGGUGGUUUUCUUUAGCUUGAGGGUCACUAACAUGAUGUUUACUGACGACCUGUUCAACAAGAGCUCCCCAGAGUAUAAGUCACUGGAGAAUACCUUUCUGGAACUGACUCAGCACUUUGGGUCCAGAAAGCAGCCAAACCCUGGAGCUUCCAGUAAAUCUGGGCCGGGGAGACAGACAACGUUAGCCUCCAUCCCGCUUCUGCCAUAUUUACAGUCCAACCUGACUGGGUUCAAGCAGCUGGAGAUCCUCAACUUCAGGAAUGGGAGUGUUGUGGUGAACAGCAGGAUGAAACUGGACAAGCCGGUUCCCAACAACGUCACCGAAGCCGUGCGCUGUGUGCUGGAGGACUUGUGCAGCGCCGCGUCUAAUCGGCUUGACAUCGAGAUCGACAGUCGCUCUCUGGAGGUCGAACCAGCUGACCAGGCAGAUCCGUGUAAGUUCCUGGCCUGCAACGAGUUUUCUCGCUGCGUGGUGAACAGCUGGAGCGGCGAGGCCGAGUGCCUGUGUGACCCCGGCUACAGCGCGGUGGACGGCCGGCCCUGCCAGGACGCCUGCUCCCUGCAGCCGGACUUCUGCCUGAACGGAGGCGCCUGUGAGAUAAUCCCCGGCCACGGAGUCACCUGCAGAUGCCCUGCAGGUAAAUACUGGCGUUACCACGGCGCGCGCUGCAGCGAGCUGGUAUCGGUGCCUCUGGACCCGGCUCUGAUUACUACCUGCCUGCUGGGGAGCCUCUGCCUGGUUUGCGCCGUCAUCGGCAUUUUAAUAUUCAUCAACAAGAAGUGCAUCCGGACCAGGAAGGCCGUGGCUCUGGUGCACACCCAUGCACCGUACGCCUUUGAGAACACUUUGAGGGAGAACCCGGUUUUUGAGAAUGAUGACGGUGUCUUAACUCAUGUUUCCACUCUGCCCUGUGCCUCGAGCUCUGCCUCUUCGCAGUCUGAGCAGGAACGUUUUGCCUCGGUUGAAAAUAUACGCCUGAGUAUCGAGAUCCCCAGACAACUCUACACAACAAGAUCAGAAAAGUUAGUGUCAGGCAUGGUGGGUUUCCACCACAGUUUGUCACGCAGUGAGACGUGGCGACUGUCCAGUGAGUACGGGAGGUGCUGCCUGCUCCGGGCGCCAGACAGCGACUGUUUCGAAGUCACAGUUCUCUGAUGACACCGGAUCCGGAGCGAACCUGUGUUUAGUGUUCAUAGUGUUAGACAGAGAGCUCUGCGUUGGAGAGGAAACUAAUAUUUAUUACACCUUAUAAAUGGCAGGAACAUUUCCUGAACACGCUUGGCAAAGGUUGGUCUUUCCUCACAAUGAGGUAUUUAUUAUUUACAGAAAGAUGCACACGGCUGUAUCUCACUGUAUGUGUAGAUAAAGUCAUAUAUUUUGUUUUUGAUGUUUUUUGUGUCCCAAAAAGAGAAUUUACUGCAUAAGCUACUGACCUGGCUGCUUCAGUCCAACAAUAAUUCACAAACUUAUCGAUAACCAUCUGAUCUGGACAUAUUUUUAUACAUUUUUCAUGUAAAGCAAAUAAAAUAAAGGUUUUUAGAAGAACAAAC